AUAUGUUUUAAUGUAAAAAUAAAGCAUGGUUUGGAAAGCAGAGUCAAACCUCUCACCAAACAUUAAACGGAUCUCUAUAAUCAACGCAUUAUUUCUCCUUACAGGUGAAAGGUCCUUGGAUCGGCAUCAUAUCCAUCUCACAAAGUUGUGCUCUGGCUCUGUAGAUGUCUUCCUUCCUCUCUGGGAUCUCAGCUACAGUCUGUAUUAACGGUUGCAAUGCAAAUACAUUGAUUUCUUUACGAAGGACACUUUAUUUCCUCCCCUUACUCCUGUCUUUAAACAUGUUAAGCCAAUCGAACGGGCCAGUUGCCAGUUCCUGUUUGUCGUCUCUGAAGACGGUUACAACUGGAACAGUGUUUUUUAAUUUUUUUGCCAAGCAGGCUGCUGCAGUUCGUAGACGUCAUGACAAAAAGUCAUUUCAGCUGGUCACCUAUCGAAGGGCUGGACACUUUCACUUGGGUGUCUGGAUGGAUGUUGUGUUUGGUGGGGAGCCAAAAGCACACGUUGAAGUUCAGCUGGAUCUGUGGCAUAUAGUCCAGCAGUUCUUCAAGAGGUACUUGGUCAACAAGGACACUUUUUAGCCAGCUAUGUUGUUGAAAGCCUUUCCUCUGUAUGUUUGAUAUUGCUUUGAGAUACCUAGUAGUAGAAACAUCAUUGGACAAGUCAUUGAAACAAACCAUGCUGCAAACCAUGUUGCCUGCUGAACCUGGCAAUGUCUGAACUCAGGCUGUCCUCAUAUGUCUGCAGAAAGAACUGGCACAAUGUUGAUUAAAACACAUUUUUGAUGAUUUCAUUUACUUUCAGUGAUUUGUCACCUGGGCUGCA